AUGAGUAACUGCACUCAACUUACAAAUUUAUAUUUUAAUAUAAGCAAAAAUUAAAUUGGGGAUGAUGGAGCUACUACUAUUGGUGCAGCUCUUGGUAACUGCAAAUUACUUACUAAUCUCUAUUUUGAAUUUUGGGGAAAUAAAAUCGGUGAUAAAGGAGCUUAAAAUAUUGGAUUAGGUUUAAGUAACUGUACUCAACUUACAAAUUUAGAAUUUGGUAUUAGCGAAAAUUAAAUUGGGGAUGAUGGAGCUACUACUAUUGGUGCAGCUCUUGGUAACUGCAAAUUACUUACUAAUCUCUAUUUUAAGAUUGGGCGAAAUAAAAUCGGUGAUAAAGGAGCUUAAAAUAUUGGAUUAGGUUUGAGUAACUGUACUCAACUUACAAAUUUAGAAUUUGGUAUUAGCGAAAAUUAAAUUGGGGAUGAUGGAGCUACUACUAUUGGUGCAGCUCUUGGUAACUGCAAAUUACUUACUAAUCUCUAUUUUAAUAUUGGGCGAAAUAAAAUAGGUGAUAAAGGAGCUUAAAAUAUUGGAUUAGGUUUGAGUAACUGUACUCAACUUACAAAUUUAUAAUUUGGUAUUAGCGAAAAUUAAAUUGGGAAUGAUGGAGCUACUACUAUUGGUGCAGCUCUUGGUAACUGCAAAUUACUUACUAAUCUCAAGUUUUCAAUUUGGGGAAAUAAAAUUGGUGAUAAAGGAGCUUAAAAUAUUGGAUUAGGUUUGAGUAACUGUACUCAACUUACAAAUUUAUAAUUUGAUAUUAGCGAAAAUUAAAUUGGGGAUGAUGGAGCUACUACUAUUGGUGCAGCUCUUGGUAACUGCAAAUUACUUACUAAUCUCAAGUUUUAAAUUUGGGGAAAUAAAAUUGGUGAUAAAGGAGCUUAAAAUAUUGGAUUAGGUUUAAGUAACUGUACUCAACUUACAAAUUUAAAAUUUGGGAUAAACUAAAAUUAAAUUGGGGAUGAUGGAGCUACUACUAUUGGUGUAGCUCUUGGUAACUGCAAAUUACUUACUAAUCUCAACUUUUAAAUUUAGGGAAAUAAAAUUGGUGAUAAAGGAGCUUAAAAUAUUGGAUUAUGUUUGAUGAUAUUGAGAAGUUUCUAAAGUCUAGUGAAGUGA